GUGAGGGGGACAGAGAGAGAAAAAGACACGGAGUGGAAGCACGGAGAAACGCGUGAAGCAGCACACCGCAUCAAAAACACCGAGUCCUGCCGCGCUGCCAGGAUGACACAGUCCUCCAAAAGUUUGUCGCGGCGUUUCUAGUCACAGUUGGGAUUACUUUGGACACUUGGUGAGUUUGCGAUCCGCUGUAAACACUGACGUGUGCAUUUUUUCUUCUUCUUCUUUUUAUUUUUUUUGAUUGUUUUGCUUCGCUGCGUUGGACGGACGGAGUGGGUUUUUCGCCGCUUCCCCCCACUUAGGGUGGAUUUUGUGAGAAAUGAGUGAAAGGAGGCGAUCUGCCGCAGCUCUGAGCUCUAGAGCCCACGCUUUUUCCGUGGAAGCCCUGAUCGGCUCCAACAAGAAGAGGAAGCUCCGGGGCUGGGAGGAGAAGGAGCUGGAGUUGUCCAUGGAGAGCCUCGCCACGGACGGAGAGGAUCCGGCGCACUGUCUGGAUAUGGAUCCCGACUCAGAGGCGAGUCCCGGCUCGGACGGAGAAGGUCUAGCCGAGAGGACGUCGUGUUCUUUCGGCUCAUCUGCCGAUCUGGCCCCGGGCCCCUGCGACCCGUCUCCCCCGGCCUCCAUGGAUGAGAUUCAGGUGGAGCUGCAGUGCGCGGACCUGUGGAAGCGCUUCCACGACAUCGGCACGGAGAUGAUCAUCACCAAAGCCGGCAGGAGGAUGUUUCCAGCCAUGCGUGUAAAGAUAGCAGGUCUGGACCCUCAUCAGCAGUACUACAUUGCCAUGGACAUAGUGCCUGUGGACAACAAGAGAUACAGGUAUGUGUACCACAGCUCCAAGUGGAUGGUGGCGGGAAACGCAGACUCUCCGGUUCCUCCGCGGGUCUACAUCCACCCAGAUUCUUUGGCCUCAGGGGACACGUGGAUGAGGCAGGUGGUCAGCUUUGACAAGCUCAAACUCACCAACAACGAGCUGGAUGACCAGGGGCAUAUCAUCCUCCACUCCAUGCACAAGUAUCAGCCUCGUGUUCAUGUCAUCAGGAAGGACUUCAGCAGUGAACUGUCUCCAAACAAACCAGUGCCCAGCGGGGAAGGAGUUAAGACCUUCAGCUUCCCUGAGACAGUCUUUACCACAGUCACUGCUUAUCAGAACCAGCAGAUUACCAGACUAAAGAUUGACCGCAACCCAUUUGCCAAAGGUUUCAGAGACUCUGGAAGAAACAGGACUGGCCUUGAGGCGAUCAUGGAAACAUAUGCUUUCUGGAGACCUCCAGUGAGGACACUCACAUUUGAAGACUUUACAAAUAUGCAGAAACAGCAAGGGGGCAGCACAGGCACUUCUCCUACCACCUCCAGCACAGGAACUCCAUCUCCCUCUAGUGCAGCACACCUCCUUUCUCCCUCCUGCUCCCCUCCAACCUUUCACUUGGCCCCUAACACCUUCAAUGUGGGCUGUAGGGAAAGUCAGCUUUGCAACCUGGGCCUGUCGGAGUACCCUGCCUGUGCUCGCAGCAACAUGGCGGCCCUACAGGGAUAUGGCGGCCUGGCUGAAAGUUCAUAUGGACGCCUCCAGGCUGCAGGGAGUGCUGUGGCGUCUGGUCAGCCCUCUGAAUCCUUUUUGCCACAGAGGACUUCCUCUUUGAUUGCUGCCGGCAUGCAGGGUAGCACUCACGCUUCCCUGACUGGCAGCGGCAGUGGCGGCGGCGGCGGGGGCAAAAUGGAUGGCUAUAGCGGUCAGCUCGGCUCAUUCCCAGCCUCUCAGCUUCAGUACGUGAUGCAAACCGGGGGAAGCUCCAGCUCAGCCUCGUCCUCUUCAUCCGGAUCCGCCCCUUCCUCUGCCCACAUGUUUGGUGGAAGCCACCACCACGUGCAGCAGGGCUCCUACAACGCUUUCUCCCUCCACAACCCUUACAAUUUGUACGGAUAUAACUUCCCCACUUCUCCUCGCCUGGCCGCCAGCCCCGAGAAACCCCAGGGUGGUUUGCUCUGCUCCUCCACUCCUGCAGGGGCAUUCGCCGAGCGCCAGUACUUGUCCAACGGAAGCAUGGACACCAUGCACAUGAUCGGCAACACCACCGGUGGCCAGCAAAGCAGCAGCUCUUGUGACGGACGUCAGUAUGGCUCCUCGUCUCAGAUGUCCAUGCACAUGGUGUAGGAACUCAGACCCAACCUUGCAGGGCGCCACGUUUUUAAUGUCUUCAAUAUGAAAAGUAAAUCUACGAACCUGGUUUGGUGUUAAGUUUGAACCAGUGUUUUCACAUGAAGGAUAGAUAUACUGAGGUACAAAGGAAGCUUUCAGAAAAAGGAUGUCCUCUCAACAUUUUGUUUUUAAAGAUACUUACAGUAGAAGACAAAAAUAUUAUUUAAUUAUCUUUGUAUUAAUGAAGGACGGCAACUUGACAGCAAUGAAACAACAACCUCAUUCAGAUCAGUGUUAUAAGAAGUGGCAGUGUACUUACUCUGGUACAGAGGGGAUUAUCAGUUGUGAGUGUCAUUGUGCAAUAGAAGCAACAGGUUCUUCAAAAUGACUUGAUUCUUUGGGGACUCAAAUGUCAUCUGCUCUUCCUGCCAUUCUGUAACCAAAGAACCUUCUAUGUGAUACAGAGGGCUUUUACUUCACUCGGCACUUGUGCCAUAUUAGCUUGGGAAUGCCAAAGUGUCAGUGGUUGCUGACAAAAUCCGCAGUUUUUGGCUGGAAUGAAAUAGACAACUGGACCGGAUCACCGAAUGACUCUGCUCCUCGUACAUGCAGGAGAGAAACUGGUGCAUGCUGUGGCAGAUGGUGGAAACACACAAAUCUGGUAAUUGUUGCAAGAGUUCACUGAGGAACUUUUGCUUCAUCCUGAAAAUGCCAGCAUAUAUGCACAUUAGAAAUCAGGACUUCACCACGCAACUCAACCUUUUCUCCUCUAAGACUGGAUUGGUUAUUUUUUGAGUGGAUUCUGUUUUAAAUAUAUAUAUAAAUAUAUGUAUAAGAUGGCGAAUGCAAUCAAUAACAUAAGCUUAAAAAGUUGUUGUGUGACAAAAAGUAAGCAAUAGCAGCACAGAGUAAAGUAUGUUGUGACGUGUAUUACAGAUGUGUAUUUAAGUGCUGAACAGUAUAGCAAUUUUACAGGACAAUCUGUUAUUAAAAUGUGUGAAAAAGGGGAAA